UUAAAACACAAAUUAACCUUAAUAAAAAUAUUAUUUCUCUUUCAUAUGUGUACUCACUAGUGUUUCAUAGUUUUUUAUACUUAAAAUGUAGUGCUACUUAUCCAUAAAUAAAUGUGUAGUGAAAAUAAUUAAAAAAAAAAAAGAGUUUCCAUGAUUUAUCUGAAGUUAGUACUUGGUACUACGCAAUUUUAUUUCAGAAUUGGACGACCGAUUACCAUUAAUGUGUGUGUUUGUGUGUGAUUGUGAGACGAGUCGAGGCUGGCUCUGCCAUCUACGUAGUUUGGUGUUAGGCCGACCCAAACCCAAACCCAAACCCAAUCCUCUGCCUCGACUAUUUUCUUCCUUUGUAUGGUAAUAUAUUUUGUAUAUAUGUAUUUAAAUAACAACUACGAUUACAAUAGAAUUCAAUUACUAGUAAAUUCUCCAGUAAUACUCUUCUCUCAUCUCCAUCUCCAUUUCCAUUAAUUCAAUCCUUGUUUUCUCUUCUCCACCUCCGUCUUUCCAUAACCUCUGAUCUGCCCAAUUUACCUCUUUCAGAUUUGCAGCCGAUGCAUCUGCCGGUAAUACUAUCCCACUACUAAUUCAGAUAAUUUCACUGCUUUCUGAUUUAUUACACCCGACAAACUAAAUUUUGUAUUUGGUGAAAGGAAAGGAAAGGGAAGGAGCGAAAAUGAUAAACAAGCCACUUGUACUGACCUAUCUCUACCUAUUGAUUUACGUUUUGCUUUCUUCCGGAGUUAUAUUGUACAACAAGUGGGUUCUGUCUCCCAAAUACUUCAAUUUUCCAUUUCCUAUAACGCUGACAAUGAUUCACAUGGCAUUCUCGGGUCUCAUUGCGUUUUUUCUUAUCCGUGUCUUCAAGGUUGUAGCUCCUGUCAAAAUGACAUUUGAAAUAUAUGCAACAUGUGUAAUACCCAUAAGUGCCUUCUUUGCAUCAAGUCUUUGGUUUGGUAACACUGCCUAUUUGCAUAUAUCUGUGGCUUUUAUCCAGAUGCUUAAAGCUCUAAUGCCAGUGGCAACAUUUUCCAUGGGUGUUAUGUGUGGGACUGACAAACCAAGGUGCGAUGUGUUCUUAAACAUGGUGCUGGUCAGCGUCGGAGUUGUCAUUUCCUCGUAUGGGGAAAUUCAUUUUAAUAUAGUUGGCACAGUUUAUCAGGUUACGGGCAUCUUUGCAGAAGCUCUUAGGCUGGUCUUAACUCAAGUCCUCCUGCAAAAGAAGGGCUUGACUCUAAAUCCGAUUACCAGCUUAUACUACAUUGCACCAUGCAGUUUUGUAUUUCUUUUUGUGCCUUGGUGUUUACUGGAGAAGCCUGGGAUGGCAGUUUCACAGAUACAGUUCAAUUUUUGGAUCUUCUUCUCCAAUGCCCUUUGUGCUCUGGCUCUGAACGUGUCCAUAUUCUUAGUAAUUGGAAGAACUGGAGCUGUCACCAUCAGGGUGGCUGGUGUUCUAAAAGACUGGAUACUGAUUGCCCUUUCCACCGUUGUUUUUCCAGAGUCUACUAUAACCGGGCUCAAUAUAAUUGGUUAUGCAAUCGCUCUCUGUGGUGUUGUCAUGUAUAAUUACAUAAAGGUUAAGGAUGGUCGUGCUUCUCAGCUACCUACAGAUAGUAUUCCAGAGAGACUCACAAAGGAUUGGAAGUUGGAGAAGAAGUCAUCAGACAUAUUCACCCCCAUUAGCACCAGUGAUACCAAUGGAGGAAGCGGUGGAGGGAACUUCAAUGGCUCGGAAUUGAAUGAUGAAGAGGCGCCUCUACUUUCAUCAAGGCUAUCGCAUAUCGGACGUUCACAACUCAGCAACCAUACUGCAUGAGUUAUGAAGGCUCUAGUGCACAACGGUGAAUGAUGGACAGCAUACCAUUUGGACAGAAAAGGAAAUGCAAAACGGAGCCAGUUGACACGGACCCAUCCUUCUAAUUUAAAGGGAGAUAGUUCUUUAGGAAGAGAUUGAUCUAUUACACACUUAAAAGCAAAGAGCGAUUUUAUCGUAAUUACUUUGAUUUUUGUAUCAUGCAUGCAAGAUUAUCACUCAGAGAUUUGCGUAAAUGGGUGACGAGAUGAGCUUACGGUAAUAUAGCAGCUGAUGCUUAUUUGGAUAGAACUGCAUUCUUUGACCUCCGCUUACUGACAUUGAUAUAACUCUUUUUGAAUUCGCAAAUGGUGGCAGUGUUAUUAUUAUUAUUA